AAGGGGCCGCAGCGCCAAUACUGUAAGAACUUUUAUUUUGAUUUUAUUCUUUUUUUUUUCCCCUCCCCUCUCUUUGUGUGGCAGUAGAGAGCCGACGACGUCAGGUCGAUUCCUUGAAGUGGGAGCCUGAAUAAACCCUCGCGAAGAGACUUCUCCUUCAAUCUGCUUCCACGCACGCACGCACACACACACACACAGCGAGACUCAAUUACUGGCCAAUUCCCCUUCUUUAUCAUUCGUCAUCGACCUCUUUCAUAACCAAAAGCGACCUAGAGAGGAGCUAAAAAAAAAAAAACAAAAACUGAAAACAAAAAGAAGCAAGACGCGCGAGACGAGCGGAGUGCUAAGCCGAGCCUUUUAAUUCCACGUUGGAAAUAAGUAAAGUGCAAAGUAAAACACGGUGUUGCAGCAGUUAUGACAAAGAGCUGAAGACACCUCAAACAGUGAAUAUGGAGUCUGGAGAGCGGCUGGCCUCCCCUGCGCCCACCCUGUCUGCUGCGCGCACCUCCUCCCCUGCGGCCUCUUCCUCCUCAUCCUCCUCUUCCUCGUCGUCAUCUCCCGCUCCCCACUCAAAGAGCAGCCUGGCCCCGAGCCCCUCGGCGCUGGGAUCCACCCUUAGCACCUCUGGGCGUCUGUUCGGAGCAGCAGGAGAGCAGCCCUUCAUUGGCUCCACAUUGUCAAGUGCCUUUCCUCUGGUCAACCACCCAGCCUUCGGGGCCCUCUACACUACUGGAGUGGGUCGGCCGGAAUUCGGAGGCCUUGGCUCCCUCGGUAUGUCGGCUGCUCUGGCUGCUCACCCCCAACUGGGAGCCCUGUCUGAGUGGUGGCGAGCCGCGGAAGCCCACGGACGAGGAGCUGCUGCCUUUCUUCCUUCUUUCAUAGGUUUCCCUCCUUUCUUCGCCCCCCAUAUACAGCCAAACCACAGCGCCAGUCCCGUUCAGAUUAGAAUGCCCAGCAAGAAUAGCCAAGACGCGCCUAAAGGGGUGAAUGGGGCAGUAAACGGCAGCGGCGUCUGUCUGCCCACAACACAGCCAGGGAGCUUUUCUCUAAGUCCAAACCCUGGCCAGGCAUCGACCAAUCUAACCAAAAAAGCGGAGCCCGCCAACAGUCCUUCCCAGAAUAGCCCAUCUAAGAUGAUGGAAAAACUUGGUCCUAAAACAAAGGAGCGGAGACAGCGUAAAAAGGCAACAGAGACCUCGGGAGUGAAUAACAGUGAAACAGGCACCUCUUCAGACAGCUCGAGCGACGGGUCCCUCAGCAGUGAUUUGGAGGACCUGGCGGAGGAUGAUGAAGAGGACGAUGAUGAGGACGAGGAUGAGGAGGAAGACAAACACAGUGAAUUGUCAGACUCUGAGAAACAGAUCAAGAAGAAAUCAAAGGUUCUGAUACCAAUCUCUGGAAAGACAGACUCUGGAAUCCACACUGCAGAAGGCCAGGACAACCACAUCCAGACGGCCCCUUCCAACCCCCCAACCCUCAUUCCCAUAGCCCGGUCUGUGUCCCCCCCUGUCCUGUCCCAAACCUCACCACUGGCUAUACACUCUUCCCGAUCCAGACCAGAGCAACACUUUAGUGUGAUCCAGUCGACCGGUCUGGCUGCCACCUCAAAAUCGCUGGCGCUCUUCAGCCAGCCCCACAGGGAGUCUUCGCCGUCUUCCUCCCCCGUCGCCCUCACGCACUCUCCGAACGUGCUCUCCAUCUCUGCCUCUCCCAAACGCCCCAAACUGCUGCCCUCUUCCUCCUCCUCGCCCCCUCAGUACCAUCCCCUCGCCCUCUCUUCCUCCCCCAAGCCCGUUUCGGUGCCCUCCCCCCCAUGCUCGGCCUUCCCCCUGUCUACCUCCCCGAAAGAUUUCACUUUGACCUCAUCUGUAGCGAGUCCCCACAAGUCCUCUCUGAAGCCACCUCAGUAUGCUGCUGCGGGCAGUGCCAAAGUCAACAACAGGAGGAAACUGCUUGAAGACUCGCUCGCGCAGAUCAAUGAGUUUAGACUGAAACAGACUCUCAUGUCCCAAGGGCAGACGUUCCCAGCUGAGCCAAGGAAGCAGGGGCCAACCAAGUCUCCCAAGGGGAACGCUGUGUCUUCUUUACCGUUGCCACCCGCUCCGCCUCCUCCACCCCACAACAAUCACUCCAACCUCUUCCUCUCGAGCGCUCUGCUCGGCCUUCCUGAACCUAAUCACCCCAACGGAGUCAUCCAAAGCACCACUCAGGACGCACCUCUGGCCCUCAUCACUAAACCUCGCAAAAACUCUGCCUCUCAAGGCAAGUCCCCUCAGUGCGACUCCGAUGGCGGGUCAAUGCCCGUCAAUCUUAGCACGGGGGCGAGUAGGACCCAAACAAGCGCCCAGGUUGGGAUUCCAUCGCAGCCACCUACUACCUCACCUCAUGCCGCGAGCUAUGGAUCCAGAAAGAGCAAGACCCCAAAGGCGAAGGGACAGACGCCAGGACUGGCACAAGGACCGGGACAAACGGCGCCUUUAGCGAACUGGAAAGGCUUCUCCCAGAACCAUUUGGUACAGUCUUUAGUGGAUUUGUUUCGGGGAGGAGAGUCCGGGAUCGGGAUCCCGGGAGUCGGCAUUCCCGGUGUUGGGAUUCCCGGGGUGGGGAUCCCUGGGAAUUGCAACCCCGCGGCUGGUCUCCCCGCCAAUAAGGAAUCCGAUGACUCAGGCGAUGAUGACGACGACGACGACGAUGACCUUGAAGAGGAGGAGGAAGAGGACGAUGACGACUCUGAAGACAGCUUGUCAGAGUCAGACAGCAACUCCGACAGUGACAUCUCUGGCAAGAAAUUGAAAGAGUCCAACGCGCUGUCAUCUGACUCGUCAAAGAACGAGAUGACUCCCCGCAGGCUAACCAAAGGCCCAGAACUACUGACCACCUCAGCCAAUCACACAGCCACCAGCUGCUCCCCUCUCAAUCUGCAGGUCAUCAAGACACCCACUAUUGUCACCAGCUCCAGUGCCUUGGCCUAUCACAGCUCUCCCGGCUCCUCCUCCUACAGCCUGGCCUCUCCAUUAGGUUUAGGGAAGAGGAAGCGGGUGGAUGAGAAGGAUUUGAUGACGCCUCUGGAGUUGGGGUGGCGAAGAGAAACAAGAAUCAAAAACGUGUCAGGGCGACCUCAGGGCGAGGUGGCCUACUAUGCGCCAUGUGGCAAGAAGCUGAGACAAUACCCAGAUGUGAUGAAGUAUCUAUCCAGAAAUGGAAUAAGUGGCAUCACGCGUGAUAAUUUUAGCUUCAGUGCAAAGAUCAGGGUUGGUGACUUCUAUGAAGCCAGAGAAGGACCCCAGGGUUUACAGUGGAACCUAUUGAAGGAAGAGGAAGUCAUUCCUCACAUUUUGGCAAUGGAAGGCCGGAGGGGUCGUCCCCCCAAUUCGGAGCGUCAGUUAGCGGGCGAAACCGCCAAAGCUUACCGGCGGAGGAAAGGUCGACCCCCGAAUGUGGGCGACCCCUUGGUGCCGGAAGGUCCCAGUCCCAGUGAGGUCAAACUCCUGCGCAAAUUAGAAGCUCAAGAAAUAGCCCGACAGGCAGCCCAAAUGAAACUGAUGAGAAAAUUGGAAAAGCAGGCACUGGCACGUGCGGCGAAAGAGGCCCGGAAACAGCAAGCGAUCAUGGCGGCAGAAGAGAGAAGGAAGCAAAAAGAGCAGAUCAAGAUUCUCAAGCAGCAGGAAAAGAUCAAGCGUAUUCAGCAGAUUCGGAUGGAGAAAGAACUCAGGGCCCAGCAGAUACUGGAGGCAAAGCGGAGAAAGAAGGAAGAGGCGGCCAAUGCCAAAAUAUUGGAGGCUGAAAAGCGGAUAAAGGAGAAGGAGCUGAGGAGGCAGCAGGCGGAGAUCUUGAAGCACCAGGAGUUGGAGAGGCAUAGACUAGAUAUGGAGAGAGAGAGGAGGAGGCAGCAUGUAAUGCUGAUGAAAGCUGUUGAGGCUCGCAAGAAAGCAGAGGAGCGCGAGCGCUUGCGGCAGGAGAAAAGGGACGAGAAGCGCCUCAACAAAGAGCGCAAGCUGGAGCAACGCAGGCUGGAGUUGGAGAUAGCCAGAGAGCUGAAGAAGCCAAAUGAAGACAUGUGCUUGUCUGAUCAGAAGGCCCUCCCUGAGUUCUCCAGAAUUCCCGGGCUGAUCCUCCCGGGUCGCGCAGUGGCUGACUGCUUGAUGCUGAUGCAGUUCUUGCGAGGCUUCGGAAAGGUUUUGGGCCUGGACUUGAAUGUCGAUGUCCCGACGCUGGGCAUGCUGCAGGAGGGCUUGCUGAAUGUGGGCGACAGCAUGGGUCAAGUCCAAGAUCUCCUGGUCAAAUUACUCUCUCUGGCAGUUUGUGAUCCCGGUCUACCCCCUGGACAAAAGACAAAGACCAUGCUGGGGGACCACCUGACCAACGUUGGCAUCAACAGGGAUAACGUUUCUGAGGUGCUGCAGAUGUACAUGGGGGCCCAUUGUGCCAAUACCGACCUGGCCCCUCUGGCCCUCAGUCUGAAGACCAAGGCUUUCCAGGCCCACACGCCUUCCCAGAAAGCCUCCAUCCUGGGAUUCCUCGCAAACGAGCUGGCUUGCAGUAAAGUCGUCAUCAGCGAAAUUGAUAAGAACUUGGAUCAGAUGGCAAACAUGAGGAAAGACAAGAUUAUCAUGGAGGGGAAACUGAAGAAAUUGCGAACCAUUUACGCCAAACGCACCGGGAAGAGGGAAGCCAGUGUGGGGGUGGAAGAGAACCAGUCCCUGGGUGGUACUCCAUCCUCUGCGAUCAAGCGCAAGCGAAAACUCGGCGCUGACAGCGAUGACGAGGACGAAGAAGACGACGACAGCGACGACCCCGCCGACGACGAUGACGACGAGGACGAAGAAGACUUGAAGAAAGUCAAAAAAGUGGAGACGUACGAUGAGGAUGAAGUUGACCAAGCCACUACUGUGGAGGAGCUAGAAAAGCAGAUAGAGAAGUUAGCCAAGCAACAUCACCAGACUAGAAGAAAGUUGUUUGAAAUAUCCCAUUCCCUGCGCUCCAUGAUGUACGGCCAAGAUCGUUACCGCCGUCGAUACUGGGUACUUCCGCACUGUGGAGGGGUCUUUAUUGAAGCCAUGGAGAGUGGAGAAGCUCCAGAAGAACUUGAGGAGGAGCGACAAAGGAGGAGAAGAGCAACAGAGGAAGUCAAGGUCAAAGAGGAACCUCAGGAGAUCGAACUGGAGAAGGACAAACCCGUGUCCCUUUCAGGCCUCCCGCAUGGCUUGGAACGACAGAAGGAGGAGGAGAUUGAGCACGAGCAGAGGAAAGACUCUCCAACCCACUUCUACCACCAACAACAACAAGGCUACGGUUCUCAACUUUGUCCAGACGCGUCUAGAGAAACGGGUAAGGCAGAGGAUCAGGGGAGCACGCACGCCGGACAGAAUGGCAACCGUAGGUUUUCUCCUCUUGCCACGAGCACCGUGACGUCGUACUCGCCCUCUUGCAAUACCUCUGAGCCGACAGUAGCAAAAACCGCUGUGAUUAUCAGUCACGACGCUUCAAAUGUCCCCGGCCCGAUCCCGACCUCCCUAUCCGCUCGGUGCCUCCCGGCCCUGCGCGAAAGCCCUGGCAACACCCCUCCAGCCUCUUCCCCGACCCCAUCCCAACAACUCUCCCUCCAGCCCAACGACCAGCUGCUUCGGGUUCUGACCGAGAGAAGCGGACACUGGUUUAGCCUCCUUCCUCGCAACCCGUGCGACCUCUCGUCACUCACCACGACUCCUCCGGGGGCGCUUGAUGCCACCCCCCAAGCAUCCUCCACACCCAGCAAGCCCAGAUCUCCUCCGGCGUCACCAGCUCUUCCUCUCACACCUUCUGCGGCAUCGGCCUCGAUCAGCCCGCACCACCCUGCCGGCCUCCUCACCUACCCUCUCUCAGCACUGCAGGCAAAAUCGGGUGUUUCCUUACUAGGAGUAUCUUUGGGGAGCUGGUCAAGCGGUGUGAUAAGUCCCAGCUUGCCUCUCUGCAGCAGCCCCAGUCCAAUGCUGGGCCACUCUGUGGAGGGCAACACGGCGGCAAGCGUGUCCAGCAAGAGUGAAUCACCGCUACCUCGCAUUGAGAAAAGUUCCUCGAUGCCCUCGCCUCCUGCAUUGGAAAUGCCAAAAUCUCUUGACCACAACGCACCUCGGCCUAUCCCAGAGGAUAUGCUGACCGGUUGGUGGCGCAUAUCUGACAUCGAGGAGCUGCGAGCGCUGGUCGUUGCGCUCCACAGCCGAGGUAUCAGGGAGAAAGGCCUCCAGAGGCAGGUGCAAAAAUAUAUUGAGAUCAUCCCCCAAGUCUGCAUUAAACACAAGGAUGUGGCCAUGAUCGAGCUGCGUGAGCUGGAGGAGAGCCAGGUCAGUGUGGAGUCGGUGCGAGGCUGGUGUGUGGAGGAGCAGGCCAUGGAGAUGGACAUUGCUGUGCUCCAGCAGGUGGAGGAGCUAGAGAGGAAGGUUACCGCUGCCAGCCUGCAGGUCAAGGGCUGGACACACCCCGAUCCUCAGUCCGAGAGGGAAGAUCUGGUCUAUUAUGAGCACAAGCCCCCCACCCGAUCGGGCCCGGCGUCCUCAUCGUCAAACGGGGCAGACAAGGACGGCAAGGAUCAUCCCGAGGAGCGGGGGGAGAAGGGCGGGGUGAUGCGUCACCCGGACAACCCUCUGGACAUAGCAGUGACCCGCCUGGCUAAUCUGGAGCGCAACAUCGAGAGAAGGUACCUGAGGAGCCCCUUAGGUACCACCAUUCAGAUCAGGCUGGAUAAUGUGGGUACGGUCACUGUCCCUGCCCCCACACCAUCCACUAGUGCUGACAGGGAAGGUGGUGAAGAGGAGGUGGCCCACGGCAUGAAGGUGUGGAGGAAGGCCCUGACCGAAGUGCGCAGUGCCGCCCAGCUGGCCAUGUGUAUCCAGCAGCUGCAGAAGUCCAUCGCUUGGGAGCGCUCCAUCAUGAAAGUGUACUGUCAGAUGUGCAGGAAGGGGGACAACGAGGACCUCCUGCUACUGUGUGACGGCUGUGACAAAGGCUGCCACACGUACUGUCACAAACCCAAAAUCACCAGCAUCCCGGAGGGAGACUGGUACUGCCCGGCUUGCAUAACCAAGGCCAGUGGCGCCACCCCCAAAAGCAAGAAACCUCCGAGCAAACCAGUAGCAUCCGGCGCGGGAGCCGGCAAGAAAGGCGGCGAAGCCAAGAAGAACGGGAAGCACGGCGGCAACGGCGACGUGUCCGAGGACGACCCGGCCAGCGCCGGCAGCACGCCCAAGAAAAACUCAAAAGACAACGGUCGCAAUAGGAAAAGCGAGGAGGGCGCCGCUGCUCUGCUGGGAUCCAAUCAGGAGAGUCCCGUGUGCGUCAAAAGGGCAAAGACUGCUCGAGACAACAAUCGGGAUUUGGGUUUAUGCAGGGUUCUUCUUGCUGAGCUGGAGCGACAUCAGGACGCCUGGCCUUUCCUCACGCCUGUCAACCUCAAAUCGGUCCCUGGCUACAAGAAGGUCAUCAAAAAGCCCAUGGACUUCUCCACCAUACGGGAGAAGCUCGUGAGCAGCCAGUAUCAAAACCUGGAGACUUUCAUCAUCGACGUCAAUUUGGUGUUUGACAACUGCGAAAAGUUCAACGAGGACAAUUCCGACAUCGGUCGAGCCGGCCACAACAUGAGGAAGUUCUUCGAGAAGCGCUGGACUGAGCUUCUGAAACAAACAAACUAAGAUCCACGUUUAAAAAAAAAAAAAAAAAAGAGAAAAGAAAAUUCUGGUUAUCCUCACACACACACACACAGACACAGACACGCGCAUACAUUCUACUUUUCCUAUCGGGGGCAGCAGGUUUUAAUUUCAUUCUCUGGAGCAGAAUGUGGCUCCGCCAGCAGGGGAGAUCGUCGAUGCCGCCGUGAAAUCACAAAGAGUUUGUUACAUGAAGUGCGCUGGAUUUAUUACAACAGGGAUCCUAAACCCCAAAAGACUCUUCGAGAAAAGACAAAAAACGGGGGUACCGUAGUGCAAUAUCACUCCCUGUGUCGGAACACUGCACUGAAUGAAUUCUCACUGAUGUGUCUGCGCUAGAAUACUUUCCACUACCUGUAAAUAUCUUUUUUUUUUUUCUUUUUUUUUGGGGGGUUGUUAUUUAAUCGUAUUAUAGUGAAUGUAUUUAAUUUUUUUUAAUAAUUAUUUAUGAAUCAAGGUCCACUUCAUUUUCUAUGAAAAGGAAGACUCUGCGUAACUGCUUUGAAUCGAAAAAGGAAUGUGUCUGUGUUCUAAUUUUUUUUUCUCUCCCGCCCCCGACCCCCCCACCCCACCCAAAUAUCAAACGAAGCCAAGAAAAAAAAAAAAAAAAAAUCUGUUUACACUGUUGAGUGCUUUUGGGCAUCGGAGGACUGCGUUCGUUUGUUUCAACCGCAUUUAUCGGCGAGGAGAGCGGCGGGACAGUUAAGACGGCGGCGAUUUCGUGUGUAUAUACUGUUUAUUAAUGUCAAUAUUUUGUCUUGUUUGAAACGAUGUGUACAAAUGGUUUAAGAAUAUUAAGAUAUUGUUUAUGCCUUAGAAUGAUUGUAGCAUUCUAUUUUAGUGAACGUGAUGGAGAAAAAAAACCCAUGAUAAAUAUUGUUUGUACAGUAUAUACAUAUCCUCUGCAAACACUGUGGUAUCCUUAAUCUUGGUAGUGCCUACCCUUCCAACAGGGGCAUGUAGGGGAUGUUUAUGUUUUUGACAUUUUUUUGUUUGUUUUGUUUUAAUAUGAUUUCAAUCCAACAAAGGCCUCCAAAAGUUGGACAAUGACACAGACAUCAUUCCUCACCGUCGAAGAGUUAAAAAAAAAAGAAAAAAAAAAAGGAACAA